AUGAAGGAGAAUAAAGAGGACAUGGACAUAAUGUCUGCUGGAGUUGAGAGUGUCUCUGAUGUGGUGCCCCCCUGGGGCCAGGCACCCGGAGCACGGGGGGCUCAGCACAGCCAGCAGCGCGCUCUGUACCUGUGCGGUAACCCCAAAAGGGGGCACUCUCCUACCUUGUCCAUUGCCUUGCCGAGUCCAUCGGACCUCACCAACACUUUUCCCUCGUUCCUUCUUCUUGACAGUGUUGGAGGAAAUGAAAACAUAAGCACAGUUACGACACUACCAAAUAUUCUUCGUGAGUUCAACCCAUCCUUGGUAGGGUAUUCCAUUGGCACUGGAACACAGAAUUCAAACAAUGCCUCAUUAAACCAAGCUGUGGCUGGAGCUCGUGCAGAGGAUGUUCCUGAACAGGUUAGGAAACUGGUGGACCGCAUGAAGAAUGAUACUAGAAUAGAUUUCCAGAAUGAUUGGAAGCUCAUAACACUUUUCAUAGGAGGAAAUGACCUCUGCACAGUCUGCGAGAAUCCAGUACACUAUUCUCCUGAAAAUUACACCUACAAUAUACAAAUAGCUCUGGACUUACUUCACAAAGAGGUUCCUCGGGCGUAUGUGAACCUGGUGACGAUGCUUUACAUAGCAAGGCUCCGGGAGCUGCAUCAAUCCAAGAACAACAGCUGCCCAAAGCUGCUCAUGAGGCUCCAGUGCCCUUGUGUCAUAAGCCCUAAGAACGAUUCCAAUGAGUUAAAAAAGUUGAUCUACUUUAACAGAAGGUAUCAGGAGAGAACCCGCCAGUUAGUGGAGAGUGGAAGGUAUGACACGAAGGAUGAUUUCACAGUGGUUUUGCAGCCAUUUCUGACUAAUAUUGAAAUGCCAAAAACACAGGAGGGGUGGCCAGAUGAAUCAUAUUUUGCCCCAGAUUGUUUCCACUUCAGCCAAAAGUCUCAUUCCCAGGCUGCACGUGCUUUGUGGAACAACAUGCUGGAGCCUGUAGGGGAGAAGACAGAUAGUCAGAAGAUGGAUGGUGAGAUUGUCCUCAAAUGUCCAUCUGAGGCUGAGCCAUUCCUGAGGACAUAUAAGAACAGUAAUUACACAUACCCUAACCAAACUCCAAAUUAUGGAAGCCAGCUACCAUGUGAGGACAGGUCUCCAUCCUCCCCUCCUGCAACUUCAGUGCAUUCCCUAAAGCCAGCUGAUGUGAAAAUUGUAGCAGCCCUUGGGGAUUCUUUGACGGCUGGUUCAGGAAUUGCCUCAGAUACCCUCCAGGAUGUGAUCACUCAAUAUCGGGGACUGUCUUGGAGUAUUGGAGGAGAUGAGUCAUUGGAGAAUGUGACUACUCUACCUAACAUCCUUCGAGAGUUCAAUGUUAUGAUCACGGGCUACUCAACCGGUAUCGGGAAUGAGAAUGAUUCCAAUGCAUUCCUUAACCAGGCAGUUCCUGGAGCACUGGCUGAGCACUUGCCAGCCCAAGCAAGAAGUCUUGUGAGCCUUAUGAAAACUGAUCAGAGAAUUGACUUCAGUGCUGACUGGAAGCUCAUAACAGUGCACAUUGGAGCCAACGACCUGUGCAUCUAUUGCAAAGACCCUGAUCACUACUCAGCUGGGAAUUACAUCAAAAGGAUUCAAGAAACUCUUGAUAUUCUGCACAAGGAGGUUCCAAAAGCUCUAGUGAGUCUGGUUGAUGUGGGGGACAUCACUGCUCUGAGACAGUUAUUUGUGGACCCUUCAGUUCAGUGCCCCACUUACUUGGCAGAUUAUCUGUGUAGCUGUGUUCUCACAGGAGAAGAAAACUCAGAAAAUUUCACAAUGGUGAGGGACGCCAUCAAAGCUUACCAGCUUGGCAUUCAGAGACUGAUAGAGUCUGGCAGGUAUGACACUCAUGAAAAUUUCACAGUCGUCAUCCAGCCUUUACUCCAAAAUCUGAAGGUUCCUCUUGAUCAGAAAGAGAAACCAGAUGUCUCCUACUUUGCACCUGACUGUUUCCAUCCGAGCCAGAAAGGCCAUUCUCAGCUUGCCAGGGCUCUGUGGAAUACUAUGUUACAGCCUGUGGGCCAGAAAGCUGACUCAUUUGAUUUCUCAGCUGACAUCGUCCUUGGCUGUCCAGCUCAGAACAGUCCCUUCCUGGGAACAUAUAAGAAUAGCAACUACACACCUGUGGAGCCCACUAGAGAGCCAAUAGAGAAUUGGGGCAGUGAACUGUCGUGUCCUGAUCAUACUCCAUCCAGUCAUGUCCCAACAUCAGUCCAUGAGCUACGGCCUGCUGACAUCAAAGCCAUAGGAGCACUUGGAGAUUCCCUGACUACUGCAGUAGGAGCCAAAGUACCAGACCUACAAACAGACUGGAGGGGACUUUCCUGGAGUAUUGGGGGUGAUGACACUCUGGAGAUCCAGGCUACUUUACCCAACAUCUUGAAGAAAUUCAAUCCAAACCUCUUUGGCUUCUCCACUGGCAGCUCUAAGGAAACAGCUGGAUUCAACGUUGCGGAGAGAAAUGCCGCAGCACGUGACAUGCCUGCCCAAGCAGGUGCAUUGGUGGAGCUGAUGAGAAGCAGCUCGAAAAUUAACUUCAAGGAAGACUGGAAGCUGAUUACCAUCCUUGUUGGAGGCAGCGACCUAUGCCAGUACUGCUUGGACAAGGAAACCUAUUCAGUGCAAAAGUAUGUAAAGCACCUUCAGGACACUCUGGAUAUUUUCUAUAAGGAGCUCCCAAGAGUCUUUAUCAACGUGGUGGAGAUGCUGGAGUUCUCUGGACUGCGUCAAAUCACAGCAAGCUCUUCAGUGUGUGCCUUGACAGCAAAGAAAGUUUGCCCAUGUUUCUUAAACCCAGAGGAAAAUUCUUCUGAAUUACAAGAAAUUAAGAGAGUUAACAGAGAUUUUCAGGCUGAAGCCUUGCAGCUGAUCAACAGCGGGCGGUACGAACAGCGGCAGGACUUCGCUGUUGUCAUCCAGCCGUUCUUCCGGAACACCUUAUUGCCCCUGGAUAGUACUAGCAGGCCAGAUAUGAGUUUCUUUGCUGCAGACUGCUUUCAUUUCAGUGUAAGAGGCUAUGCUGAGAUGGCCAUGGCUCUCUGGAACAAUAUGCUGGAGCCAGUUGGUGAAAAGCAGACUUAUAACAACUUUACCCAUGACAGAUCAAAACUGAGGUGUCCAAACCCUGAGAAACCUUUUCUUUUCACACGAAGGAAUAGUGGAUUUGGAAAUUCAGAUGUCACCUUGGAGAAAACAGACUCUUCAGUCCCCUACUGGGCUGUAAUUGUGACUGCAGUAGCUGGGGUCCUGGUGGGUUCUUUACUUGGCUGGGUUGUGUCACGAAGAAGAACCAAGAAGCACCAAUGUAAGGCUGGCACAGGAAACAACAUGAAAACAACCCCUCUGUAACACAAGUGGAACAAACAUCUUUGAUGAGGCUGCUCUCUGCUGUGACACAGAGAGUAGCAGAAUAAAAAACCUGUUGGAUAUGAAUGAA